CCAGACGUUUCUGAUUCCCCUGAUUCCUGAACCUGGAAUUCUAUUUCCAUCCCGCUGCACCUAGACCCAAGCCAAACUCGGUUCGUCUGCAGCAGGCUGAUAUCCUCCGUCGAUAGACGUUUUGCUCUUAGAACGCUCCUACUAAGAAGUUCCUCUCGAUCAUUGUUCGCCGCAUCGAUCACUCGCUAGACCGCCUCUCGCGUUACUCCCUCUGACUACUGCUGUCGGGCUGACCUUUUUCUUCGUCGACCAUGGUGGCUAUAAGCGAGAGCUGCAUUUCCGCCAUGUCUCACCUUCGCGCAAUGUCCGCAGCUACCACGACGCCUAGAGUACACCACAUCCAAUUUCAUCGUACCAUCACCGCUCAGCCACUUUUCACUGCGUCUCAGCUAAAAUCCCUUGGACAUAGAAAGUUCGCAACAAUAAUUUCGAACCAAACACGGCUUGUAGUCGUCCAAGCGGAUUCGUCAGCACCUCGCGAGGCAACCAAUGAAUCGUCGUCGUCGCCGACUACAUCGGCACGGACUAGCGUUUCUAGUAGCGUGGCUAAUAACGUAGCUAGUAGCGUGUCGGGGAUCGGCAACGUGGCGGUAAUGACGGACGCGACGGUCCCCGAGGGACAUAGAGGGCUGCAUGACUUCCUCUACGGCGAAGGCUCCGAAGACGUCCACGAGGCAGCCUCAUCCGCCUACACUGUUCGCCCCGGCGAGGACGACGGCACGCUGGUGACCCCGGUGCAGGACUACGUGGCGGCGCGCGAGCUGCAGAAGCUGGCAGGGAUCUACGCCGUGUAUGACGGGGCGGGCGCGCUCCAGUACGUGGGUUACUCGCGCAACAUCGUGGUGUCGCUCAAGGGCCACAGAGCAGCUCUGGGCGACGGGCUGUGCAGAUCGGUGAGAGUGCAGGUGUAUCGGGCAGAUUCAAUGCUCUCCCGGGCAGUGCUGGAAGGAGAAAGAAGGCUGUGGUUGAAGGAGCUCGGGCAGGACGAAAGUUUUAUGCAGACCAGCAGUUUCGCACGAUGGGAAGCUCAGGGCGCGCAGGUGGGCGCGGCAGCAGCAGCGGCGGCGGAGGGGGGGGAGCUGAGCGAGGGGGAGAGGGCGGAGCAGGAGGAGCGGCGGCUGCGGAUGCGCAAGGCGAUGGGGGAGAACCUGAUGGACGACGAGGAGUACAGGCGGAAGGUGGAGGGGGAGGGCGCAGACGGGGAGAGUGAGAGGCGCAGACUGCAGCUGCUGCAGGCCACGGAGGGUGAUGAUUGGAGCUCUGUGAUUCACGGGCAGACGCAAGAAACGCUUUCAGCCAGAGAUUGCUCCACUGCGAACACUUUUGCAGCAAAGGAAGCAACAGUACCAACAGCAGCGGAAAAAGCAGCAGCUGUUGCAGCAGUAACCUCAGCUCCCUCAGCUCCCCCUUCCGCUGCACCCAUAGUUAGCCCCUUCGCACGCCCAGGCACUGCCGGCAACAGGGGGGGCGGAGAGGCGGAGCAGGAGGAGGGUGAGAUGGAGCUGACGGUUGAGACGGCGGACCGGGUGCUGGAGCGAGUGCGACCGUACCUCGUGGCGGAUGGGGGCAAUGUGGAGGUGAAGGCGGUGGAGAAUGGCGUCGUUAUCCUGCAGCUGCAAGGUGCCUGUAACACGUGCCCCAGCUCAGCAGCAACCAUGAAGAUGGGGAUAGAGAGGGCGCUGCAGGAUGCAUUCGGGAAGCGGCUGAAGGAGGUCAUGCAGCUGGGCGGAGUUGACAACAGACUUACCCUCGCUGCUGUGGAGAAUCAUCUGUCGGUCGUCCUCCAACCCACACUGAACAAGUACGGGGCAUCAGCCACUGCCGUUUCUCUCGACAUUGUAAGGGGCUCUUGUGAAGUGCGGUUCGAGGGUCCACCACCCAUGGCCAUGGGAAUACAGGCUGCCUUGAAAGACAAGUUUCCGGAGAUUCGUUUUGUGAAAUUGGUGUUAUGAUUAAAGGAUUGAGUGAGUUGUGCAUCCUAUAGGGAAGAAUGUUAUGUUUUUGUAUUGAAAUGGCCUAUAUUGUGGAAGUCAUGAACGGCAUUGCAUAGAACAUAGCUUGACCCGACAUACUAACAAAUAAAUAUAAGCCCU